CUUGCAACUUUCUUCAUGGACUAACAUCCUCACAGAUUCUCAGAUUCUUCCUUUAUAACACCAUGGCUCCCAUCAAUCUUAUCAUCAUCAUCUCUCUGUUUUCUCUAUCUCUCUAGAUUACUUAAGAUGGAUUUUCGACUUCAAUUACUUGGUGAUCGCCCCCGGUGGGGCAGUUCGACGUCUGAUGUUGAAUUAAAAUUUUCAUACGUGGCUAUGGUUUUCUUUGGCUGGAUAAUUGUGGCGACGUUUAUGCUCAUGCGUGUUUCCCACCCAACAAAUGUCUGGCUUGGACCUAACGCUUCCAUGCUUGUUCAACCAAACUCCAUCUUUAUCAAAAGCGUUAAGGUGGAAAAUGUGUAUGGUUCUGAACCUGGUCUUCAGCUGUUUGGGUUCUAUGCAUCUCCUCCUGUUGCUAUAAUGAAUUGGUCUGAAUCUCGUUUGGUGUCUGUCUCACAUAGAUCUUACGGGUCUCAGGGAUGGCCUUACUAUCUGAACAAAGGAGCUUCGUUGAAUAUUUCAUUAAAUGUUAAACCUGAAGGCAGUUCAGUCCGGCUUGUGGUCAAUAAAGGAACGGCCACUCGCUGGUUGUUGGAGGAACCUCCAUUUGGUGAUCUGAUUCAAGGGAGUGGUGUGAUUCAAGUGAACAUAAGUGAAUCUGAAACUUAUUAUCUUAAUGUGGCUAACCCGAACUUGAAGGACGUAGAGGUUGAGUUGGAUAUUGAUGUGAGGGCUGUCGUGUAUGAUACUAAAGAACCACCAUUCUACGAGUGUAACUUCAGCAACGGCGAGUGCACAAUCAAUACAAUGCCUUUUGUUGGAACUUCUAUUGUUUUAACUUCAGCAGCACCUAGACCGGGAGUAUUAGCUGAAGAACAAGAAUGGUUUAUCAGAAUCUCGCAUCAAGUUAGAUGGACUUCAUAUGCCAUUGUCACAGGUCUCGUGAUUUGCUUCUUGCUGGUAGCUUUAGAACUGUAUAAAAGGUUUGAGCGUGCUGGGGAAGAUAGACACGUAAUGGAUGAUGAUUCAUCGAUUACAAGUAUACUUGUACACAAAGAUGACGAUGUUUCAAGCAUGUGUUCCUGGAGUGAGUCUUUUGCAGCAUAUGAUGCUGAUCGUGAAGACUUUAGUGGCAAUGAAGGUGAAGCAAGUUAUGGAACUAAAACUCGCUGUGCCAUUUGUUUUGAUGCGAAACGCGAUUGCUUUUUCCUCCCAUGUGGCCAUUGCGUCGCUUGUUAUCAGUGCGGAACAAAGAUAACAGAAGCUGCUGGGAGUUGUCCAAUAUGUAGAAAGAAGAUAAAGAAAGUGAAACAAAUUUAUACCGUCUAAAAUAUAUGAAUCAAUGUAAUGAAAAUAUAAAGCCUCAAUAAUAAUAAAAAAUAAAAUUAAAAUA